UCGUUUACCUUUAAAUCAAAACUGUAACUAUUUAGUGAGUAAAAUCGUUUGUAUGAUAAAUCACUUUUUCUCGUGUGCCUUAAUUUCAAUUAAAAAUGCCAAUACUUGGAAAGAUAUAUAUUUGUCCAUUGUACCAUGAAAAUACGUCCAAUUACCGCUUACUGUUUUCCGGCUUUUCCCUCAACAAACGCAACGGCCACAGCUUUUCCCUCAACAAACGCUACGGCCACAGCUUUUCCCUCAACAAACGCUACGGCCACAGCUUUUCCCUUCACAAACGCCACGGCCACAGCUCAUCUCUUCACAAACGUUACCUCCACACCCAUUCCUUUAACAAUAAGCACGGCCUCAUGAGAGAGGGAACUUCGUUUAUCUUCAAAAUCUUUAACUUUACAAAUUACCCGUAGACGGAAACAGUAUCAAAUAUUUCGAGUUCGUCCAUAACCAAAUUGAAAUUGUUUAAUCGUUCGAUUCACACUCCAACAUAACUAAGCGAGAAUCAUACAAGACGCAUAUGUGUAAAAACAAAACCUAGCUAGCUUGCGAGAGCAUGUGCUCCGAAUCACGUACCUAUGAACUGUCAAUCAUUUCUUACAAACAUAUCACGUAACCAAAUUUUUUAUUAUAUCGCUUUAAGCCACAGGUAGCGCAAGCUCUCUAUAUGAACCAUACAAGGAACACAAUACGGCAUAUCGAUUCAUAAGGAUUUGUAUCGGA